CUUGCAGAACAAAACUUCACGACCUCUCAGAAUCCUGUCUUCAGUUGCGGUCGAUCAGCUUCCGCAUAAUCAGCGCUAAGAGCUGAGUGAUCACAAUUAUUUAGGGUAACUCAAAAACGCCACCAACAUCAUCGAACUAAUCAUCGUCGACUCCGAAGAAACGACACACAACAUCGUGAAGCCCGUCCGCUAACCAUCACCGCUGCAUUACCAAAACUAGCACCCAACGAAGAUGGCACAAAUCGCAGAAUCAAUACCAGCGCCCGUUCCUGUCAAGCCUGCGCCAUGGAAUACGCAAUGCGAGUCGUACUGGUUGAUGCUGUAUAUGCCAGCAGUGCUGCCAGAGGGUGUAUACGAUCCGUUGGAGGCGUCGUCCCCUCAUUUUGCGGACCCGAAGGCUAGUGGAGAGUUUAAAGGGGGGUUGGCGAUUAUCAUGGUGGUGAGGUAUAAGGAUACGCCUACUGGCCCCUACGACGAACUCCUCCUCAUCCCCGGCGCCUUCCGCACCCCGACCUCCUCAAAUCUCCUCUCCCACCGCAUCCUCAAUCGCAUCGCCCGCAUCUACGUCUCCCAGCGCGACACUUGCUACAACGGCCGCGCCAACUGGAACAUCCCCAAGCACCUCGCCCGCUUCUCCUUCUCCUCGCCUCCGGUCUCCUCUACCACUCCAACCCCGAAGUCGCUCACCUUAGCCGUCUACCCACCCGACCCUACCUCCACCAUACCUUUCUUCUCGGCAACGUUGACUCCGUUCACGUGGCUCCCCGCAAUCCCGUUCAGCACGCGAUACAUGCCGCUCAACACAGAGCUCGGCCAGCCACCGCUCCCGGCCGCGCCGCGAACUUCGAAGGUUCAUAGCCCGUUGUCGAACUCUAGCAAAGCUAAGGAUCCGUACGAUAUCACGAAAGACCAAGCGGAGUUGUUAGUAGGGACGGAGCGGUGGUGCAGUAUGCCGAUCAACGCGUAUUCGCCGAAAACGCGGGGGAUGUGGGUGGAGGUGCAUUCGCCGGCGUACUUACCUCAGAAGAAUAGGGACGGAGCGGACGGAGCUGGGGAGGGUGAGGGGGUGGUGAGUGAAGAGGAGGCGAGGAAGGAGGCGCAGAGAUGGUGGCCGCAGGGGGUCAAACCGUGGAGGAUGGGGGCGUGGAUGGAGGAGGCGGAGAUUACGAUUCCGGCGCCGGUGGAGUGGAAGUUGUAG